CUUUCACCAUGUGCUUGCUUUCUUCCUCCCUCUCUGCUUUCCCCUGUUCUACCCCACUCCCUCUCUUUAUAUAUACACUGUACUAACACUUUCAUUUGAAUUUCAACACCCAAAUUGAAAACAUGGGGUUCCUAUUUCUCUCACUAUUAUUACUUUUCUCAGUAGAAACAAAAGCAAAAACAGAGCAUUUUUUUCUGAACAACACCAGCACCAGCAGUAGCAACUCCAUAAAUGGAAUUAAAAGUAGUUGUAAUAUUUACAGUGGAAAAUGGGUUUAUGAUUCUUCAUAUCCUCUCUAUGAUUCUUCAAGUUGUCCUUUUAUUGACAAUGAAUUCAACUGCCAAAAGUACAAAAGACCUGAUAAUUUGUACCUUAAAUACAGAUGGCAGCCUUUUUCUUGCAACCUGCCAAGGUUUAAUGGGUUGGUUUUCUUGGAGAAAUAUAGGGGGAAGAAUAUAAUGUUUGUGGGUGAUUCAUUGAGUUUGAAUAUGUGGGAAUCAUUAGCUUGUAUGAUUCAUUCAUGGGUGCCAAAUGCUAAAACUGCUGUCAUAAAGAAAGAAGGAAUUUCUGAAAUUGUAUUUCUGGAUUAUGGAGUAAGAUUGUUAUUGUACCGGACUCCUUACUUGGUAGACAUGGUGAGAGAAAAUGUUGGAACUAUUCUAAAGUUGGAUUCUAUAAUAAGUGGCAAUGCUUGGAGAGGAAUGGACGUCUUGAUUUUCAACAGCUGGCAUUGGUGGACCCACACUAAAAGUUCUCAACCGUGGGAUUAUAUGCAAGAAGGUAAUAAAGUAUUUAAAGAUAUGAACCGUUUGGUGGCUUAUUACAAAGGGAUGUACACGUGGGCAAAAUGGGUUGACCGAAAUGUUGACUCAUCUAAAACCAAAGUCUUCUUUCAAGGAAUUUCACCAACUCAUUACGAGGGAAAAGAUUGGAAUGAUCCAACAAAAUCAUGCAAGAAUGAGAAACAACCCUUCUUUGGCAUAAGGUAUCCAGCAGGAACAACUCAAGCAGCCAUUGUGGUUAACAAAGUACUAAGCAGAAUUAAAAAAUCAGUUCAUUUAUUGGACAUUACAACACUUUCUCAAUAUAGAAAAGAUGCACAUCCAACUUCUUAUAGUGAUCACAAUACUUUAGAUUGUAGCCAUUGGUGUCUCCCUGGAUUGCCUGAUACUUGGAACCUUCUUCUCUAUACAUCACUCAUUAGUUGAAGACGAAAAUGCGAUCGGAUUUUAUGUUUUCUAUAACAACAUCUUGUUGUAACAGCCAAAACAUAUCUGAACAGAUGGUGUUGUUAUAGAGAGGUUUGAUUGUGGUGAAUGAUUUUCAAUUGUAAGGUGAUUUGUGUUUAGGAAUUUGUUUGACUUUAAAUUGUCAUUUGAUGAUAGUCAACAAAAUAAGAAUGGUUAGUGAGUGUUGAAGUGUAAUAUAGAAAAAAUGUGAUUUUUAGGCAUGAGAGGAUGCCUUAAUUAGUUGAAUUUGAUGAGGCAUAUUGCCUCUGAAUUUGUACUUAAUUUCUGUUGAUUCAAUUGAUGUUGUAAGAUUAUUUUUUAUUAUAAUAAUUUAAAAGUGAAAUUUAUGAA